GUGGGGGGGAGGGGGCGGGGCUAGUGUGACGUCACGGAGCCGCUGAUUGCGUCACGGUGACGUCAUACCGCAGGAGGAGCGCGGGCACAGAAUAUGGCAGAGUGGCCAAGGCUGCUGACUUUGGCCCGCCAAGGAAAGUUGAAUCUUUUGGAGGCUGCACUGAGGGAUGGAGCUGCCACCAACCUACGCUGUGACCGCUCUGGGGACACACUGCUGCACGUGGCUGCUCGCCACGGCCACCUCCACCUUCUGGUUCUGCUGCUGGAGACACUGGGCAUGGACGUGGAGGUUGCCAAUGGGGACUACAAGAGACCCCUCCACGAAGCAGCUUCCAUGGGGCACAGGGAGUGUGUCUCCUACCUCCUGGCCAAGGGAGCCAGUGUGGAUUGUCUGAAAAGGGCUGAUUGGACUCCCCUAAUGAUGGCUUGCACCAGGCAGAACCUGGAGGUGAUCAAAGAGCUCGUGGAGCACGGAGCCAACCCGCUGCUGAAGAACAAGGAUGGGUGGAACUGCUUCCAUAUUGCAAGCAGGGAGGGCCAUCUCCAGGUCCUCCAGUACCUGUUGGCUGUGUCCCCGAGCAGCUGGGACACAGAGAGCACCAUCAGGAGAACACCACUGCACACAGCAGCAAUGCAUGGCUGUUUUGAUGCUGUGGAGCUGCUCCUGGAGCGGUGCCAGUACAAACCUGACAGCAGGGACAAUUGUGGAGUCACACCCUUUAUGGAUGCUAUCCAGAACGGGCAUGUCAACAUUGCUCGACUGCUCCUGGAAAAACACCAGGCUUGUCCCACAGCUGUGGAUGCUCUGGGUGCUCAGCCUCUGCAUCGGGCAGCAGUCACAGCACAGGAUGGAGCCAUCCAAUUCCUUGUCUCUGAGCUGCGUGUCGAUGUCAAUGGGAGAGCAACAGCUCUACAGCUGACAGCACUGCACUAUGCAGCCAAGGAAGGACACACGAGCACCAUCCAGACGCUGCUGUCCCUGGGUGCCAACAUCCAUGCAAAGGAUGGGAAGAACCGUUCUGGGCUGAGCUACACCUCUUCCUAUGCAGCAGCAAACGCAUCCCAACAGCUGCAGCUUCCCAAAGGAAAACCAUCAGAGGAAGGUGCCUCGUGGGCUGCUGCAAGAUGAUCUCUGGGCACCUGCAGGGCUUGAACCCAUUGGAGCCUGCCCAGCUCUCAGUGCAGCCUGACAUCCUGAAGGAGAAGAAACCUGCAUCAUUUUUACAGCCCUUCAUGUAGCUGCUCUCCGCAAAUCUGUUAAGCUGCUGUGUUUAAAAGCCCCUGAGAAAACAUGGUGCAGCAAAGCUGAGCUCUGAGUGCCUCCCUUCGUCAGGGCUAAGCUGCUGUGUGGAUGAGUGCAGGGAGACUUCAAGCUGCAUCAGCCUUGUACGUGGCCCAAGCUUGAUCCCAAAGCCUGCUGACAUCAACAGAAAGACCUAAGCCUUGUGGGGAUCAGAGUGAAAAAGAAUUAUUAGUUAUUCCAGAUGUGCCAAGCAAGGCUUUCUCACCAGCAGUGAAAAAAACUGCUCCUUGAAGUGCUAGGGGCAGUGGUUUGAUAUGUAAUGUAGCCACUAAGUCUGGAAUGUACAUAAAGGUAAGAGCAACUAGA